AUGGUGCAGACCUACCAACUUCCUGGAGCUGUGGAGGCGACCAAGAAGCUUUUAAAGAGGAUCAACAGGAAUGAUCUGCUGCAGAGUUUAUCAUACAUCAGCUCAGGACCAGAAGAGCAACAAGCUGCCAAACCAAGAGUCUGUGCUGGAACCAAACUGAAGGCCUGUCUGGUGUUUCUGGGGAUUCUGGUGUUUCUGGUUAUCCUGGUGUGUCGUGUCUUCAUCCGCUCAGCACAUCCUGAUCUCAUCCUGUCUGCUGAUGGGAAACAAGUAUAUGAUACUGAUGUGACGAAGAAUCUCCCAGACAACCCAGAGAGAUUUUCUCGUGGCGCUAAUGUUUUAGGAAAGCAGAGUUUGUCUUCAGGCAGAUUUUACUUUGAGGUUCAGGUUCAAGAGAAGACUGACUGGGAUUUAGGAGUGGCCAGAGAGUCGAUCAACAGGAAGGGAAAAGUCCCACUGAGCCCUCAGAAUGGUUACUGGACUAUAUGGUUGAGAAAUGGAAAUGAGUACAAAGCUCUUGCUGGGCCUGAUGCCAUUCUCUCUCUGCAGUCUCCUCCUCAGAAGGUGGGGGUGUUUGUGGAUUAUGAGGAUGGUCUGGUCUCCUUUUAUGACGUAGAUGCUGCAGCUCUUAUCUACUCCUUUACUGGCUGCUCCUUCACUGAGAAACUCUACCCAUUCUUCAGUCCCUCUAGUAACGAUGGUGGUAAAAACUCUGCCCCUCUGAUCAUCUGUCGUGUCAAUCAAACUGCCUGA